AUGGCCCCGGAACCUCAAGAGACAGUUGGAGAAAAUGUGGGACGAUUGAACAAGUCGGGUGGAGAAGCUGUGGUCAUAUCUGGAAUAUCUGGUCUAUAUCCGAUGUCAAAUAAUGUCAAAGAAUUUAGUGAUAUUCUGUAUAGUAAGGUUAAUCCUAUUACGACAGAAAACAAGCGAUGGAAAUCCAACUAUCCCGAAGUAUCGCAGUACGUGGGCACAGUGCCGGGGCUGGAUCGUUUCGACGCGCAAUUCUUCAAGGUCCACUACAGGCUCGGCAGCGGCAUGGACGCCAUGGCUAAGAAAAUUCUGGAACAUACAUAUCAGGCUCUAUACGAUGCUGGUAUAUUUAUUAAAUUAUAAAAUUAGCGGAAUAUAUCAAUUAACUAGCUGUGCCCACGACUUCGUCUGUGUGGGAAGUAUUUUGGUAGAAUUCUUUUUUCCUAUGAAUGGAGUCGAAUCGAAUAAGACCAAUGUAUAAUGGGCAUAACCCAUUAUGCGGGCCUAAUGCGGAUCGGUGGGUGUUAACGUUGCUGAUGCAGCCAGGACUAACGGCUUAACGUGCAUUGUGCCAGUGUUGUGCACAGUGCUCAAGAUAAUAAUGUUUUGGUCACCCAUCCUGUAAACGGUCUGUCACUCAUCCUGUAAUGUGUCUGACCAUUUUAUUCGUACCUUUAAACUGUCCUUCUUUUGUUUUUGAUCUUUUAAAAUUAUUAUUAUUUGUCUAGUUGUAUACACAAUCGGCUAUUUAUUGUUCUAUUUUCCAUGUAAUGUUAGGUUGCCUGGAAGAAGUCACUGGCUAGCUAUGAGUUUGUCGUUUGUACUUAGUUACGUAAAAUAAGUAUUCAUGUAUGUCCUUGUUGUGCAGUGUUUACUUACUUAUUUAACUGCAUUUUAAACCGAAUGCACUCACCCUCUACGCCAUCGGACCUCUUAUACCUAAGCUAUACUAAUGUUAUAAAGAGGAAAGAUUUGGUUGUUUGUUUGUUUGAAUCGAAUUUGCUCCAAAGCUACUGGACCGAUAGUUUCAGAGUUAUUCCGACCUACGGCUUACUACAUUAGACGCGGAUGUCAUAGGCUAUAAUUUUGCGGUAGAGUCGCGGGAAAACAGCUAGUUCAUUAUACCCUGUGAAAAGUUAUCGGCGGUACGCCUGUGGAGGAUGAAGGCUACACGGGUUGGCGAUAAUCGAAACUACUUUCUCGAUCUCCCUUAGCAAACUGCGAGCUCUUUCAGAGACCAAGCGCAUUUCUCUAUCAAAGAAAGUUUCAUACUCAUACCAUACUGCAUGUAUGUUAUGAUCAGCAAUGAAACGCGCUAUGCGAUCUUCAGAAGUUUCCUGAGAUAAAACGCUUGUUGUAUAAGUUCUCCGAAAGCUCAAGAGAUUAUCCCUGACGGUAAAUGCUUCUGAUUCAACUUUAUAGUGCAUGAGCCUCGCAAUGGGCAGUUAAAUACGCUUCGCGUUUUUCAGGUGUCUUCCGGACCGAGACCGAGACCGCUUUCGAUCCGAUCUCUUUCUUUGUCAAUAAAAGUCGGUCAGUACAUGUCUGACGGAAGAUGCGUGGAGUUUUGUUUGUUGACAUAAAAAAAUAUAUACUCAUUAUAAUUUCGACUUUCCACACUCGAAGGAAAUCAUCUACUAACACAUACUUCCGAGAGGUGCUUAACUGAGCUUCAAAUUUGAACGGCCCUCAUCAUCAUCAUCAUCAUCAUCAACCCUUUUACGUCACCAACUGCAGGAAGCCAGGCCUUCCUUAUGUACGGUUAAGGAGGAUGGGCCACAACCCUCCAUGCUGGCUCAAUGCGGACUGGAGGAUAUUAACGACUGCAAAUUCCAAAGCCUUUCAAAACUUGGAGUUGCUUGAGAUAAUAUUUUUUUGGUCAACCAUCCUGUAACCGACCUUUACGAAAGUUGUUUAACAACUACAAUCGCGGGCCAUGGCGCUUAUUCACUACACCACCGAGCACCUCUGAACCAACCCUCAGACUUGUGACCAAUGAAUAAACCAUUUUUCUAGCGAAGACUGAAAAUACCAACUUUGAAGUACGUAUCUACAGCAAUUUGUAUCUUAAAAAAAAAACAAAAAGAGUAUUAACAUAAAAAAUAGUAAUAAGAGAAAAAAAUAUAUAACUCGAGUUGUCUUUAUGUUCGCGUACUUCAGUUGACGUGAAUCUAACUUUUUUAACGUCGUGGAAAAGCUUCUGUCAUUGUCUCAGUUACUGAAAUUGGCAAACAACAGGUGGUGAGUAGGAUUCUACUCCGUGACCCCGACAGUGAGCUGCCCAAUGGGUCCCCAGAGGCCUACCCACUAAAACCCGUACGCUACACCCUCUCAUGGGAGAUGAAACCCGGCAAACUAUGUCCGAGUCAUCAGGACACUCAAGUAUUGGACCAUUGGUCCCGUUGCAGAUGGAAAAUUGGUGAAGCUCGGGUAAAUCGAGUGCCUCUCCCAGACAGACGAAACCGUGCAAUGCGGGAGCGGCUGCCAACUACCUGCGCUGGCCCCGACGACGACGUGAACCUAAUCUAUUAAAAAUAUGCGUUCACUGUAAACUACUCAAUGCUUAAUUGCAUCAUCGGAAGGCUCUUUUCGCUUGUUCUCCUACUUGCGUGAUCGUAUACCAUUCGUCCAUUAGAAGCUUUGGUCACCCAUCCCGUGAACAACUCUUGCGAAAAUUGCUUAGCAAUAGCGAUCGUGCGCAGCGGCGCAUAUCCGUAGCGCCACCGAGCUUCGAAUUAAUAUUGUCUAUUAAAUGAUAAUUCGUAUCAUGACAAAUAAAAAAAAUUAGAUUCCAAAAUUUUGAAUCUCCCAAGUGAGUUGACCUCAUUUAUAUAGGGCCAAUCAUAUUAAAUAGGGUUCAGCUUAUAAUGGACAUGUGGUAUACGCUCACGCAAGUAGGAGAACAAGCGCGAAAGAGACUUCCGAUGAUGCAAUUAAGCUUCGAGUAGUUUACAGUGAACGCAUAUUUUUAUCAGAUUAGGUUCACGUCGUCGUUGGGGCCAGCGGAGGUGAUUGGCAGCCGCUCCCGCAUUGCACGGUUUCGUCUGUCUGGGAGAGGCACUCGAUUUACCCGAGUCUCUCCAAUUUUCCAUCUGCAAGGGGACCAAUGGUCCAAUACUUGAGUGUCCUGGUGACUCGGCCAUAGCUUGCCGGUUUUCAUUUCCCAUGAGAAGGUGUAGAGUACGGGUUUUGGUCGUAAAAACAACUCGAGUUAUAUAUAUAUUUUUUCUUUUUUUUUAACAUACAAAUUGCUGUAGAUACGGUCUUCAAAGUUGGUAUUUUCAGUCUUCGCUGGAAACAAUGCUUUAUUCAUAGGUCGGUUCAGAUUAGCUCGGUGGCGUAGUGAAUAAGCGCCAUGGCCCGCGAUUUUAGUUGUCAAGCAACUUUCGCAAAGGUCGGGCACAGGAUGGAUAACCAAAAAAUAUUAUCUCAAGCAACUUCAAGCUUCGGAAAGCACGUAAAGCGAUUGGUCCCGGUUGUAUUUGCAGUCGUUAAUAUCCUCCAAUCCACAGUCGCGGCCCAUCCUCUUUAACCAUCCAUAAGGAAGGCUCUUUAGCUCCUGCAAUUGGUGACAUAAAAGGGCUGAUGAUGAUGAUGAUGAGGGCCGUUCAAAUCUGACAGAAGCUCAGUUAAGCACCUCACGGAAGUAUGUUAGUAGACGAUUUCCUUCGAGUGUGGAAAGUCGAAAUUAAAAUAUGUAUAUAUUUUUUUUUUUAUCAAUAAAUAAAACUCCACGUAUCUUCCGUCAGACAUGUACUGGCCGACUUUUAUAGAUAAAGAAAGAGAUCAGACAGAAAGCGCUCGCUCUCGGGAGACACCUGAUAAACGUGAAGCGUAUUUAACUGCCCAUCGUGAGACAAAUUCGAUGCAAACAAACAAACAACCAAAUCUUUCCUCUCUAUAAUAUUAGUAUAGCUUAGGCAUAAGGGGUCCGAUGGCGUAGUGGGUUAGCGCAUUCGGUGUAAAUUGCAAUUAAAUAAGUAAGUAAAUACUGCACAACAAGGACAUACAUGAAUACGUAUUUUACAUAAAUAAGUACAAACGACAUACUCAUCGCUAGCCGGCGAUUUCUUCCAGGCAAAAUAGCAUUACAUGAAAAAUAGAACAAUAAAUAACCGAUUGUGCAUACAACUAGACAAAUAAUAAUAAUUUAAAAAGAUCGAAACAAAAGAAGGACCGUUUAAAGGUACGAAUAAAAUGCUCAGACACAAGCAACAACCAGAGCGCGAGAAACGAGAAAAAAAUAGAAAAAUAACAUUCGUAAGGACCGUUUACAGGAUGGGUGACCAAAACAUUAUUAUCUUGAGCACUGUGCAUAACACUGGCACAAUGCACGUUAAGGCGUUAGUCCUGGCUGCAUCAGCAACGUUAACACCCACCGAUACGCAUUAAGCCCGCAUAGUGGGUUAUGGCCUAUUGAUCUUAUUCGAUUCGUCUGCAUUCGUAGGAAAAAAAGAAUUCUACCAAAAUACUUCUCACGCAGAUGAAGUCGCGGGCACAGCUAGUUAGAAAUAUAACUAGAAUAUCACUUAAGACUCUUAGCUAUAUUCGUUAGUGCGAAUACUUUGUAACCUGCAAGUUCUACAUGUUUUUGCAUGCAGUAAGACCAUGUUCGCCAACCGUAUAUCGUACUGGCUCAACUUGAAGGGUCCUUCCAUGGCUAUCGAUGAGGCCUGCUGCAGCUCUUCCGCAGCUCUCACUCUGGCUUAUCAGGCCCUCACCAGAGGUGAUUGCGAGGCUGCUAUAGUGGGAGGUGCUAAUUUGAUCUUGCAUCCACAGACUUCUAUUCAUACUGGCAGGAUUAUAGCAAACUGCUCAGAUGGCAAAACGAAAUCUUUCGAUGACAACGCUGAUGGGUGUGUUAAAUCUGAAGCCAUUCAAGUAGUAUUUUUACAAAAAGCGAAAGAUGCCUUGAGAACUUACGCUGAACACAUAAAAAAUGAUUACAUACAGAUGAACGCUGACCACGGCUUUUACAGAGACCCUAUAGUUUUAAAUAAAUUCUUGAAAAACUUUUAUGAUGAAGUCCGUAUUUCUCCUGAAGUUGUGGAAUAUGUGGAAGCCAUGGGAUCAGGGUGGAUCUUCGCCACUGCUCCAACAGAAAAAAAUAUCAUAGACAAAACAAUGAGCCACCCACAGAUGCCUAAAGUGUUAAAGGAUGUGAAACUGGCUAUUCUUACCUGCCCAUUCGAGCCACCAAAGCCUAAGACCAAGCAUAAGCUCCAAGUAGGCUCCGCUGACGAGUACCGAGAGUUGCGCCAGUACGAACACGACAAGUUCCUGCAGAUGGUCCGGCAAGUCAAGGAAGCGGGUGCGACUCUGGCUAUAUGCCAGUGGGGUUUCGACGACGAAGCUAACCACUUGCUGCUGUCGUCUGGUCUGCCGGCUGUGAGAUGGGUGGGCGGGCCGGAAAUGGAGCUGAUCGCCAUCGCCACCGGUGGCAGGAUCGUGCCACGCGUAUUUUCUAACAUUGGAUACUCAGAGGCUUCUUCAGGACUCUGUUCCUUGAUAAAGGUGUUAUUGGGAUACCACACUGGCUUUAUACCGGCAAACCUGCACUGCUCGAGCCCGCGCAGCGACGUGCCCGCGCUGCAUGACGGCAGGAUGCGCGUCGUCACCGAGAACGAGCCGUUCCGACGCGGCUACGUGGCCAUCAACAACCACUCCAUCACAGGGUGUACCGCUCACAUGUUGGUCGGUGGCAGGUAUAAACCCAAGGACAACACUCGAUACAAGUCGAGCAUACCUCAUAUCGUGACGAUAUCGGCGAGACACGAGAGCGCAGUACAAAAAAUAUUUGAGGCUUUAAAAUCUCGUCCUGUGGAUCCUGAACAACUGGCGCUCUUCCAUAAUAUACACAACACAACUAUAUCUGGUCACCUAGCCAGAGACACAAAUGCGGAACAAAAGACAGUGACUUUGACAGAGAAUUGCGAGUAUUUCGACGAAGCGCGCCGCCCGCUGUGGUUCGUGUACAGCGGAAUGGGCUCCCAGUGGGCCGGCAUGGGCACUCAGCUCAUGCGCAUACCCAUCUUCGCCGCCGCCAUCUACAGAUGCCAGCGGGCUCUCGAACCAAAGGGAAUUGAUUUAGUCCAUAUCAUAACUUCCAUUGAUAAAAAAAUCUUCGAUAACAUACUUCACUCGUUUGUUGGUAUCGCUGCCGUACAGAUCGGGCUAACGGAUGUUCUAAGAGAACUUGGACUUGUUCCUAAUAAAAUUAUAGGUCACAGUGUCGGUGAGCUCGGUUGCGCGUACGCUGAUGGUUGUUUCACCGCUGAGGAAAUGAUUCUAUCCGCUUACAGCCGUGGACUUGUCUCAAUCCAGACACCGUUCAUCCGCGGAUCAAUGGCUGCAGUUGGUAUCGGCUAUCAAGAUAUCAAGGAUAUGCUUCCUCCUGAAAUCGAAGUAGCUUGCCAUAAUUCGUCAGAGUCCAGCACCAUAUCGGGACCCGCAGACGUGAUGAGGGAGUUUGUGGCGAGUCUCUCCUCCAAAGGAAUAUUCGCAAAGGAAGUGCCGUGCUCCAACAUUGCGUAUCAUUCCCGCUACAUCGCUGAGGCUGGACCAAAACUGCUGAAGUACCUGUCCGAAGUAAUUAAGGCGCCAAAAGAGCGAAGCGACCGAUGGCUGUCGACUUCUGUAUCAAGAGACAAGUGGGAUGAACCAGCUGCUCAAACAUCUUCUGCCGAGUACCAUGCUAACAACUUACUGAAUCCAGUACUUUUUGAAGAAACAUCCCGACUAAUUCCUUCCAAUGCGGUGUUAGUGGAAAUAGCCCCCCACGGUCUGCUGCAAGCUAUUUUGAAGCGUUCCUUACCAGUCUCGUGCAAACACAUCCCGCUCACCCGCCGAGGACAUCCAGACAAUGCGUUAAUGGUACUGGAAAGCAUUGGCAAAUUGUUCAUGGAAGGAUAUCACCCUAAGGUAAAUGUGUUAUAUCCAAAGAUAGAGUUCCCAGUUUCAACAGAAACACCGAUGAUGUCGCAUCUUGUGGAAUGGGCCCACAAUGAAAAAUGGCCUCUACCUCUAUAUGUUGCUGCACAUAGAAAAGUUGCUGCUGCUGCCAAAUAUGUGGUUUGUCUUCAUGAUCCCGAGCACAAUUACUUGAGUGGACAUGUAGUCAAAGGAAAAACGGUUUAUCCAUUCGCGGCAGCGUUGGUUGCUGUUUGGGAUACUGUAGCUAUGUACACGAACAAGCCUAAGAAGGAACUAUCUGUGACUUUCCGAGACAUUCAGUUCUUCGCUCAGCCUGUUUUUAACGAUAACAGGCCUCUGAUGAUCCACGUGGCGAUACACAGAGGGCAAGGGCGCUUUGAACAACGACGUAUAUAAUAUUCUUUUUGAACGUGAAUAUUCAUAUGGGUAAGUUGUAAAAAAAUAGAAUAGAAUAGAAAAUUAUUAAUUGUUAACAUUGGACAACGUAUACAUACAAAUUUCAAACAGAUUAACGAAAUUUUGUAACAAUUGGCGACCAUAUAAUGGGGGUAGAGGGAAAGAGAGAGAUGAAAAAUCAUUACAUACGUUUAUUUUAAAUAACUAAUACUAGCUCUUAAACUGUGAUGAAACUGUGCAACUUCUAUACCCAGUUAGUAUCAGCAAGACCUUCUGUGGAUUUCUCCCAUACAAGUUUUCAGGCAGAAACGGCAACAAAUCUCGCAAAACGUGUGGAAACUGUUAUGUGAUGGCAACAAUUUAUUAAAUUAUUUUUUUUAUUUUCGUUAUUUAUAUAAUUGUUUUGGUUUAUUUCACUUUUCGAAAUAGCUUUAUAUGUUUUGAUUCAACUAUUCUAAUUUAGACAAAUUUCAUACAUUUAAUUAAAAAACCAUAACCAUUGAUGAAAUAUGUAAAUGACAAGCAAGGACAAUAUAAAACAAUAAACAUUUCUAUAGCUAUAUCUAAAGUCAUAACUAGAUAGGUAAAUAGUUAGGCGGUCUUCCAGAUAACUGGAUAUGCAGUUGCAAGAUAUUAUAGUUUCACAGUUAUUUCAAUGGUUAUAUAUAAAAUUAUUCGCUUAUAGUAAUAGGUUAGAGAGCAUUAAUAACAAAAGAACUAGUAUACGGUGAAAUUUUAUUUUCCAGAGGCGUAUUCCGUAGUAUCUAUGGUGUUGAUGACACUCUCACGGAGGCUAAACUGCUUUGGAAUAGUAACUGGGUAUCUUUGAUUGACGGCAUGCUUCAGAUGAAUGUUUUGCGACAGAAACACGAUGCUGUCUCCAAACCUUUGGGAAUAAGAAAGAUGUGUAUAGACAUUAAACAGCAUAAUCUAGCAGAAACGGAUAGUUUAAAUAGAAAAAUCUUUCUUACAGCUAACGUUGAUCAAAUAUCAGAUAAGACAAGAUGUGGAGGAAUAACAAUGGAAAACAUAAAAUUUUGUAAUCUUUCACAUUCCAAUUCAGAGGAAGUUAUUUUAAGAACUGCGCAUUUCAACAAUUCAUCGGGUCUUGAUGAUGGAAAAUAUUCUGUACCUUUGGAAUAUAAACCAUUAGCAUCGCCUUAUAUUAGUUUACGAAGUAAAAGCAUUGGUGAUUUAAAUUCACUUACUUGGGUUGAAACAAAAGAGCCUGCUUCAUCUGGGAUUCCUGUUAUGGUUGGUUCAUAG